AUGUCCAAACUCGUCGUCGUCGUAGGCAUCACCGGCAACCAGGGUGGCAGCGUAGCAGAUGCCUUCCUGUCAGAUUCCAGCUGGCGAAUCCGCGCCAUCACCCGUGAUCCAUCCAAGCCCUCAGCCAAAGAGUGGGCGUCAAGAGGUGUCGAGCUCGUUCAAGGUGACAUGGACGAUGUGGCCUCUCUCACCAAAGCCUUCACAGGCGCAACGGCCAUCUUCGCAAUGACCGACUACUGGUUCCCUCUUUCCGACCCCAAAGUCCGCGCUGAAGCCGAGCAAAAAGGCAUGCCUCCCAACCAGCUCUGCGCUGAACUCGAAACUCAACGUGCCAAGAACCUCGCUCGCGCCGCCGCAGCGCCAGAGGUGCAGAAAACCCUUGAACGCUACGUCUACAGCAGUCUGCCUCACUGCUCCCUGCUUUCGGGUGGGAAAUACACCAAGAUCUGGCACUUUGACAGUAAAGCCGUAGCCGAGAAGUGGAUCCGUGAGGACCCUGAGAUGCAAAAGGCUGGUCUGAGUGCGAAGGCUAGCUUUGUUCACGUGGGGCUGUACACAGAUAACUGGACGCGCUCGACUCUUGAGAUUUGCAAAGCCAAAGAAGGGGAUGGCUACUACCAUCUCGACAUCACUGAUGGCCGUGCCAAGCAGCCUUUUGUCUGGACACGCCGCGACACAGGCCCGUUGGUCAAGAAACUCGUCGAAGACCUCCAACCGGGUACUCGUCUCGUGGCUAUGAGCGAGUCGGCUACGUACCGCGAGUUCAUGGCGAAGUGGGCAAAGGUUGGCGGCAAGACGUUGGCGGGCGAUGGAGGUAUUAAGCAGUUAUCUGAAGAAGAGUACCGUGAUGCACUGCCAGGAGAUGAACAUAUCAAGGAGCAUCUCACACAGUGCUGGCAAUGGGCUAGGGACUUUGGAUAUAACGGUGGGGAUAAGGAUUCCGUUUUCCCGGAAGAUGUGGGUAUGGCGGAGACAAUGACGAGUUUGGAGGAUUACUUCAAGCAGGAGGAUUGGUCGACGUUUGAGGGCUAA